CGCGCUGACGUCACUACUCCACUAGCGCAGUGGUGCGCGUCCAGCCGCUCUUCACUAAUGCGAACAAACACACGAUAAUAUAACCUGGAGUACUUAAUUUCACACCGACGGACGCAGGAUGGGUUUCUCCGUGUGAUAAGUCCAGUCUGGAGGAUUUAAAGGAAGAUCUCAGAGGGUUAAAGGAAAACUAAAGGAUACACGUUGACAAAGACCCGAUGAGGCUUCGAAAGUGAAGAGAGAAAACUAGUAAUCAAAGCCAAAAAGAUGGACCUGAAGCUACUUUUCAUAUCAGCAUUAUUAGGGAUCAUCAGCUGCAGUCGUGCACAGCAGGAGGGCAACGAGUGCAUUAAAGCCAACGCUUUGUCCUGCGGCGAGUGCAUACAAGUGGGAGCCAAAUGUGGAUGGUGCACUGAUGCGGAGUUUCUGAAGCAAGGAGAGCCCACAUCGGCGCGCUGUGAUGAGCUGGAGUCGCUCAAGAAAAGAGGCUGCACUGAAGCUAAAAUCGAGAACCCGCACGGCAGCCAGAGGAUCCUGAAGAACACACCAGUGACCAAUCGCAAGAAAGGAGCAGAGAAACUCAAACCUGAGGACAUCACGCAGAUCCAGCCUCAGAAACUCAGCCUCCAGCUCAGAUCUGGAGAACCUCAGAAUAUUAAACUGAAGUUCAAGCGGGCUGAGGACUAUCCCAUAGACCUGUACUACCUGAUGGACCUGUCCUACUCCAUGAAGGACGACCUGGAGAAUGUCAAGAACCUGGGCACGAGUCUGAUGAAGGAGAUGUCCAAGAUCACCUCAGACUUCAGGAUAGGCUUCGGCUCUUUUGUGGAGAAGACCGUCAUGCCGUAUAUCAGCACGACUCCAGCCAAGCUUCUAAACCCCUGCACUGGAGACCAGAACUGCACCAGCCCCUUCAGCUACAAAAACGUGCUCAAACUGACCAGCAACGGGCAGCGCUUCAACAGUCUGGUGGGACAACAGCAGAUUUCUGGAAACCUGGACUCUCCUGAGGGAGGAUUCGAUGCCAUCAUGCAAGUGGCCGUCUGUGGAGAGCACAUUGGCUGGAGAAACGUCACCCGUUUGUUGGUUUUCUCUACUGACGCAGGUUUCCAUUUUGCUGGAGACGGGAAACUAGGAGGAAUUGUGCUUCCCAAUGAUGGGAGGUGUCACUUAGAAAACGACAUGUACACCAUGAGCCAUUAUUACGAUUACCCCUCGAUUGCCCACUUGGUUCAGAAACUAAGUGAAAACAAUAUUCAGACCAUCUUCGCUGUUACAGAAGAGUUUCAGCCUGUUUAUAAAGAACUCAAAAAUCUGAUUCCAAAGUCUGCAGUCGGCACGCUUUCAGCAAACUCCAGCAACGUUAUCAAUCUCAUUGUUGAUGCUUAUAAUUCUCUUUCCUCAGAGGUGAUCCUGGAGAACAGUAAGCUUCCUGAAGGAGUGACCAUCACGUAUCAGUCGCGCUGUAAGAACGGCGUGGUGAACGAAGGAGAGAACGGAAGGAAAUGCUCCAACAUCUCAAUCGGAGACGAGGUAUCGUUCAACAUUAACAUCACGGCUCAAGGCUGCCCUAAGCAAGGCAAGACGGAGACCAUAAAGAUCAAGCCGCUGGGCUUCACUGAGGAGGUGGAGAUAACACUGAGCUUCAUCUGCGAGUGUGAAUGUCACAAACACGCCAUGAAGAACAGCCCGCUGUGCCACAACGGCAACGGAUCCUUUGAGUGCGGAGCCUGCAGGUGUAAUAAGGGCCGUGUGGGCCGUCAGUGUGAGUGCCGGAAAGACGAAGUGUCCACUGAGGAUCUGGACAAGAACUGCCGUAAAGACAACGGCACUGACAUCUGCAGCAACAACGGCGAGUGUGUGUGCGGGACCUGCGAAUGCAAGAAGCGGGAGAAUCCAGAGGAGCGAUACAGCGGGAAAUACUGCGAGUGUGACAACUUCAACUGCGACCGCUCCAACAACAAACUCUGCGGAGGUCACGGCCGCUGUGAGUGCAGGGUGUGUGUGUGCGACGCCAACUAUACGGGCAGCGCCUGCGACUGCUCCCUCGACACCUCCACCUGUCUGGCCUCCAACAAGCAGAUCUGCAAUGGCCGGGGCAUCUGUGAGUGCGGGACCUGCAGGUGCACCGACCCCAAAUUCCAGGGGCCCACCUGCGAGAUCUGCCCCACCUGCCCUGGAGUCUGCACCGAACACAAGGAGUGUGUUCAGUGUCGUGCGUUCGGCACCGGAGAGAAGAAGGACACCUGUAAGCGCGACUGCAGCUACUUUAACCUGAUCGAGGUGGAGGAUCGAGACAAACUCCCGCAGCCGGUGCAGGCCUUCCCCCUGAUGCACUGUAAGGAGAGAGAUGCCCGAGACUGCUGGUUCUACUACACAUACGCCGUAAACAACAACACUGAGAAGGAGGUGCAUGUCGUCAAGACCAUGGAGUGUCCGCCGGGUCCAGAUAUCAUCCCCAUCGUGGCCGGUGUGGUGGCAGGCAUCGUGCUGAUCGGUCUCGCUCUGCUGCUCAUCUGGAAGCUGCUCAUGAUCAUACACGACCGACGUGAAUUUGCCAAAUUCGAGAAGGAGAAGAUGAACGCCAAGUGGGACACGACAGAGAAUCCAAUUUACAAGAGCCCCAUUAAUAAAUUCCAGAACCCAAACUAUGGACGUAAAGCUGCGGCUCUAUGAGGAGAAAACCCCAUCUACAAGAGCGCCGUCACAACUGUGAUCAACCCCAAAUACGAAGGCAAAUAAUGGCCACCAGAAUCACUCACCAGGAUGUUUGGCAAGGGAUGAGUGUGGGGGAUUUCCUCCCGUUUGCUUUAUCUUUUCAUUCUUUUAGCUCAGUAUUGCAGUUUAAGGAAGUUGUAUUUCAUGAAGGACUGUCCGCCUCUCAUCCCUUGCAAACCUGUACAGUCUGUAUAGUCUUAUAACUUUCAUUGGUUUUUCCUCUUUUAAACCCUGUGUACAUUCACACAUUUUCUCAAUUUAAAACCGAAAGAUAUUUGUGCCUUUGCAUAAAGCUUUAUUGGAAAGGGAUCUUUUCAGCCCAGACUUAUUGGAAAUACAUGCCUACAUUUUUACCAAAUAUGAAAUACGUUGCUCCGGGUACAUUUCGCUGUACGUUUCAGAAGACAAAUCCACUAGAGGGCACUGUCUAGAUUUUUGCAAAUCUGAAAUACAUUACUUUUAAUGCCACAAUAAAGUUACGUUAUUUCUAGAUUUCUAGCACAUUACUGACAUGAACUCAACCAAUAGCAGAUGGAGAGAAAAGUGCACUGCGACCACAUAGCUUUAGCUUGAUUUUACAUUAAAAUAAUGCUUUAUUCGUCAAUAAUAUGUCUCUCAAUUCAGAACCGACUGAUAUUUGUGCCUUUGCAUAAAGCUUUAUGAGUUUCAUUUAAUGUGAAGGUGAUCCUUUCAGCUCAGACUUGAUUGGAAAUAUGUGCACAAUAUAAAAUACGUUGCUCCGGGUACAUUUUGCUGUACAUUUCAGAUGGAAAAUCCACUAGAGGGCGCUGUCUACCCUUUUACAAAUCUGAAAUACUUUACUUUUAAGGCCACAAUAUAGUUCGAUUUCAUUCUUAGUUUGAGUGCAAAAAUAAGUUUGUGACUUUAUAAUGAUUUCUAGGAAAUUACUGACCUGAACCCAACCAAUAGUGUUUUUAAAAGCAGAUGGAAGAGAAAAGUGCACUGCGACCACAUACUUUUACCUUAAUUUUUACAUUAAAAUAAUGCUUUAUUCUUCAAUAAUGUCUCUCAAUCGACAGAUAAAAUGAGUGCAAAAUAUGAAAUACAUUGCUCCCAUUACAUUUUGCUGUACGUUUCAGAUGGAAAAUCCACUAGAGGGCGCUGUCUACCUUUUGCAAAUCUGAAAUACUUUACUUAUAAGGCCACAAUAUAGUUCGAUUUCAUUCUUAGUUUGAGUGCAAAAAUAAGUUUGUGACUUUAUACUGAUUUAUAGCACAUUACUGACCUGAACCCAACCAAUAGUGUUUUCAAAAGCAGAUGAAAGAGAAACGUGCACUGCGUCCACAUACUUUUACCUUAAUUUUUACAUUAAAAUAAUGCUUUAUUCUUCAAUAUUAUGUUUCUCAACCGGCAGAUAAAAUGAGUGCAAAAUAUUAAAUAUAUUGCUCCAAUUACAUUUUGCUGUACGUUUCAGAUGACAAAUCCACUAGAGGGCGCUGUCUACCCUUUUACGAAUCUGAAAUGCAUUACUUAUAAGGCCACAAUAUAGUUUUUUGUUUAUAGUUUGAAUGUAAAAAUAAGUUUAAGUAACGUUAUACUGAUUUAUAGCACAUUACUGACCUGAACUCAACCAAUAGUGUUUUCAAAAGCAGAUGGAAGAGAAAAGUGCACUGCGACCACAUAGCUUUACCUUGAUUUUACAUUAAAAAUGAUGCUUUAUUCUUCAAUAAUGUCUCUCAAUCGACAGAUAAAAUGAGUGCAAAAUAUGUAAUAUAUUGCUCAGAUUACGUUUCGCUGUGGACAAAAGCAUCUGCUAAAUGAAAAUGUAAAAUUAAUGUGAAAAGGCUGAGUAACCUUAUGAUUUAUAGAAAAUUACUGACCUGAACCCAACCAGUAGUGUUUUUCAAAAGCAGAUGGAAGAUAAAAGUGUGCUAAUCACAGUUUUACCUUGAUUUCACCUCAGAAUAAUGUUUUAUUCAUCAAUAAUAUGUCCCUGUAAAUCCUAUUUAGCGUGAAAAGGAAGAAACGCUGUUAUCAUAUCGCCCUCUAGUGUUCAUUUUACCUAGUAUAUAUGAAGUAGAUUUUUAUGGUUUCCUGAAGGAUGUGUUUCCAAUGAUCCUGUGUUGAAUCCUUUAUUAUUACCCAAAAAAAUAAUAAUAUAAGCUCAUCAAAUGCAAUUUUAAGCCAUCGUGUAGAUCUUUGUUUUUAUUCUGUCCUGCUUUAUCAGUCAAAUGUUGCUGUAUGUGUUUUUCUGAGCUGAUGAAUGUUUGGUUUGAGCAUCUAUGCAUACUGGUUUACCCUCAGAUCUCGCAUUUCAUGCCAAAAAAAGCCUUGUUUUUUUAGACGGUGCAAAACAAAUAAGUAUUUCUCUCUUAUUGUUGCUCUUAGAAGAUCAUCUCGUGGUCAUUAUGUGUAUUUUACAUGUUAUGAAGGAUUAUAUGUUGAGUUAUUAUGUGGCUCUUGAUGAGUACAAGUGUAAAUCCUGUCAUUUUGUUUACCAUUAAGUGUAAAGUAAUCCAAAUAUCCUUUUAGUCUUGUUAGAAAGGAGUAUGAUUGUUGACCAUUACAACUAAAGGAGGACAAAAUUAAGUUGUAAUUUGCAUAUUUCGAGUCAGAUGAAGCUACAAAAUGCCUUUUUGAGGGUUGUAAUCUGGAAAAAAUGAAGAAUUCAAGUGUAAUUUUGUUGAACUGUUUAUAUAAUUUACUCAAUGGUACAUCAGCCCUUUAUCUUUACUUAUUUUAAUAAUAAUAAUAAGUGAGUGCUGCUCACUUUUUCACAGAUUUUGGUUCACGAAGUAUUUCAUCCAUUCAUUUUCUGUUCGACUUUGAAAUAUUGUUUGUUGUGAUCUAAAUAUAUACACAUACUGAAGUAUUUUGAUGAUAUAAUAAGAUUCAAUUGCAGCGCUUCAUGGAAGUGGGCGGAGCUUAAGUUCUAAUGCGACUGAUUGGUGGACUUGCACGCACAGCAUCAUGGGUAAUGUAGUUUUUUCACCUCAAAUUCUACUAUUGAACACAGUGUUAAUUAUUUUAAGAAUAAAUUGAAUUCAUGUGUACAGAUGAGUAUGUAAAAUCGACCAAGAACUAAUUAAUGGUUUCCUUAUGGAGAAAAUGAAUGGAGGAUUAGCUUCAGGAACCAGACUCUUGUGCUCUAUUGAACAUACGAGCAGAUUCAGGCAUUUAAAACCCGAAUCACUCACAAAAUAUGAUCAAUGAUAAGAUUACCUGCCCCAACACCUAAUGUAUUAGCUUGAGGAUGUUUAAGUGCCUUUUCUUCUCAAUAUUGCAGUUUUUGAAUUUAUUUAUUAAAACAAAAUCUAAAUAA